UCCACAGUGUUGGCACGGUGGUCAUGAAUCCACUGCAGCCACCAUGCGUCAGGCUGAGUGAUUAGAUAAUUGGUAGCACCUGGCUGAGUGUCAGACCUUGCCACUGCAGUUACACACGGCCUUUUAACACUGUGGACAGGCUAUAGCACAUUAAAACAAACAUUUAGUUUUAACAUGCUCGAAGCAAAAUACCCACAUUUGCUUUUAUUUGUUACCGCGUUAUCGGUGAGCUGUCAUGGUGCACAUGCUGCUGAACAAGGUGCCAGAUGUGAUGAAAAAGCUGCAAUGUGCAAAUUGGAAACAUUUGAUCUCACCUUAAACUCAACCAAUAUGACUCAUUUCGCCUACGGAAUUGCUGCAAAUUUGGUUGCUGUGCUGUUGUAUGGAAGCAACAUAGUUCCUGUCAAAAGAAUAGAGAUGGGAGAUGGCAUGUUUUUUCAGUGGGUAUCCUGUGCAGCAAUAUGGGUUGUAUCUAUGGUCGGAGACCUGAUGCUUCAGUCACCCAAAUUCUACCCUUUUGCCAUGCUUGGAGGUGUCAUCUGGGCUACAGGCAAUAUAGCAGUUGUUCCAAUUGUUAAAGCAAUUGGCCUCGCUCUUGGGAUUUUAAUUUGGGGAUCCUCAAGUUUGUUGAUGGGCUGGGCCAGUUCAAGAUUUGGCUGGUUUGGGAUUGUUGCUCAGGAGGUUUCCAGGCCCAUAUUAAAUUAUUGUGGAGCUGGGUUGUGUCUGCUCAGUGGCUUGAUCUUUUUCUUUGUGAAAUCGGACGUUGAACUGCAUCCCAACCCCGAAUCGAUUCCAUUACUUAUUGACAGGAGAAUAACGUCAAGCAACUAUGGACCAAGUUCCUCAGAGUUCUGGAUAGAUGUGAUCGGACCAAAGACCAGGCGGUUAAUCGGCUACCUGCUUGCUGUUGUGUCAGGCCUGCUGUACGGCUCCUCCUUUGUACCCAUCCUCUACAUUAAGACCCAUUCAUCAUGCCAUGACAGCAUGUUCCACGGAGCCAGUGUCUAUGACCUGGACUACGUUUACGCGCAGUGCUCUGGCAUUUUCAUUGCAAGCACAGUGUACUUUGCCAUCUACUGCGCUGCCAUGAAUAAUAAGCCCAGAAUCUACUCCAGAGCCAUCCUACCAGGUCUGUUGUCUGGAAUAAUGUGGGCAUUGGCUACAUACUGCUGGUUCUUGGCCAAUAACUACCUGAGUGCAGUCAUUACCUUUCCUAUUAUCAGUGCAGGAUAUGGUCUGGUUGCAGCACUGUGGGGAUCUUUGGUGUUCAGAGAGAUUAAGGGAUUAGCCAACUGCUCCAUCUUCCUCUUGGCCUCCUGUGUUGUGCUGACUGGUUCCUUGCUGACCGCCAUCUCAAAGCUCUAAAACUAAAAGAAACAUCUAGUGAUUGUCAUAUUUUCAAAAUAUUAACUCCCGUUCUCUAGUUGAUUUAGAAAUGAAUGCCCUUGAUUUUAUAAAGCACUUUUGAACCUCAUGAAAAUAAAAGUGGCAUGGUGAUUGAGUUGAAUGUAAAACUUUAUUCUCUGACUUGGUGGCAGUGUCCUGCAGGAACCACCCUUGUGUUUUUUUUUUUCUUUGUUUGUUUGUUUGUUUGGUUGAAAGGGGAAGUUUGCUGUUAAACUAUAUUUGUUGUUGAAAUUAUGUUUAAAAUAUAUACUCACCUGUUCUUUGUUCAGUUGCUAAUAAAAUGUCCAUGCAAUAUGUUUACUAUGUCACCCACUCAAACUGUUUUAGAUUGGCUGUCAUACUAAGACACUGCACAUAUCAGUUUAUGUAAUGACAAGGUGCUGGUUUAUGAGUCACGAUUUGGCCUUUUGUACAGCUUGUAAACUUUGUCUUAUUUUCACACCUAUUAAAACAUCUAGUGCUGACACACAA